AUGGGGCGAGUGGAAGGAAAAUUAGGUCCCACGACUUCUCUAUCCCCCGCCGUGGUGUAUGGUGCAGGCCUCUGUCGAACGGAGGAGGUGGAGGUGGUACUGGAGGCCUCGACAUCCCAAUCGCUAGGCGGGGAGUCCCGCCGACGCACCGGAGGUCACUCUACUAGCCUCUUUGGCUUCUCUCUCCAGCCACCUAGCCCACAAACUCGGCACGACGAACCUCUCACCAACUUCCCUCUCAUUGCUAACGUCAUUCCUGGUGGACCUGCUUUCCAGUAA